AUGUCAUCGUUUCGCUUGUUUUCAUCGUCGCUGCUAUUCCACUUUGCCAUUGCAGUCGAAUCUGACGCUAUAGUGCCCUUCAAUUCAAUUAAGGACACAGUAGAUACGUUCCAGUAUUCACUGGCGUUUAUUGUGGUGCUGGUAGCUGCUCAUCCAUUUGGACUUUUGUUCCCCAGACUCUUGAAACUACCGUUAAUCACGGGCUAUUUAAUCAUUGGAGUCAUUGCUGGGCCAUUUGUGACGAAUCUUCUGCCGAAAGCGUUGGUUAACAUGCUGUCGCCAUCUGUAAAUGGCUUAGCUUUAUCUUUUAUUUCAUUCCAGGCGGGACAGGAGAUUUAUCUUCCAGAAUUGAGACCACAACUCAAGCAAAUUUUCAUUCUCUUGACUGCACUAUACGUGACGGCCAUGACGAUUGUCACAAGCGUACACUUUCUAGCAAAUAACGCCUUCUUUUAUGAUACUUUUACGCCAAUGUGUCAACUGGGUAUUGCCCUCAUGUUUGGCUCCAUUUCAGUGCUUGGAUCACCUGCGACUGUGAUGGCAAUAAAGAUUGAAUAUAAUAGUGUGGGACCUUUUACCAAUCUUAUGCUUGGAGCCACGAUGACAGCUGAGUUUGUUGUGCUCAUAUCGUUUUCCAUCGCUCGCAUUGUCUGCUCUAGCUAUUGUGCUGACUUGAACGUCUCGGUGGAAAACGUCAUUUUUUCAUUAGCCAUUGUCGCGUCCAAUUUGGUGCUUGGAUUGUUCAUUGGUAUCAUUAUCAUCCUUAUCUUUAAAAUUCCUGGCAGCACAGCAGACGAGCACAUGGAUCUACACGACCCACAGUCAAGUUUUGGAUCACACUCUGAAGAUUUGGAAGCAAUUGAAAACCAUGAUCAGAUGCCAAAUUCACAUAAUGUGUACGUGGAAGCAAUUGACGAGAUCAAACAUUUCAAGUUGUGGACACCGACAGUGUCGCUGUACACCAAAGGAUUUCUUUGGAUAUCGUUGGGUUAUAUGUUUUAUCUUUCCAAUGCAACGAUAAGUGAGGCAACGGUGGCUUCGUAUGGACUGACGUGGGAAGUGAGAUUUGAACCUUUACUCGUCCUAAUGCUGGCUUCGUGUCUCGCUGGUCACUAUUCUUUGAUUCGCCACGAUAUGCACGUGAUUCUCGAUACUGUGGCGCCGUACAUGUUUCUUCCAUUUUUCGUGAUGACUGGAGCUGCACUAAAGCUUGAUAGUGUCGCGGAAGCUAUUUCCCUUGUAAGUUUAUACAUUUGUCUACGGUUUCUUUCUGUCUUGCUUGCGUGCUACUUAGGUGGUAGAUAUCUGCUCAGACUUCCUCCAAAGCAGUAUAACAAUCUGUGGCUAACAAUGACUCCACAAGCUGGCGUGGCCUUAGGUUUAGCCGACGAAGUCAAAGGUUUGAGCACUGAGCCUUGGGCAGCUCAAUUUGCAACGACAAUCAUAGCAGCUGUGGUGAUCAAUCAGAUCAUUGGACCCGUGUUAUGUGCCGUCGGCUUAAAACGUGCAGGUGAGAGCAUAUACCAUCGAAACGAUGCAGCUAACCAGAGCGGAAGAUCCAUGACGGCUAGCAGUGCUCAAAGCAAUCAAUUGUUAACCCAAAACAAAAAUGACCCGCGUGCUUUACUUCCUUUUUACAAGGUGAAAAAUGCAGUGAUCAUUGGCGAAGAUGAAGUUGCUUUUGAAAUUGCACUAGAGUUGUCGCUUUACGGAGCUCAAGUAAAUGUUCCAUUGCUAGAUAAGGAGCAAGCAGACAAGUGGCAUACCAUCAACGAAACCAUUCGAAAACGUUCUUCAAAAGGCGAUUUGAUACAAUACAAGAACAAGAUCAACGAUCGCCAGGAGAAUAUUCCACACAUGCACGGAAUGGCAGCAGCAGACGUAUUGAUAUUCACAGGUGACAGCAUGCGCUCGAUAGAGUACAUUCGAACGAUCAAAGCUCAGCUUGGGGAAGGUCAACCCCGCAUGAUCGCAAUAAUAUCUGAUUCUUCGUACAACCACGAGCUUAAUGAGCUCGGUGUCUUAAUGAUCCAACCUUCUAUUGCUUUGGCUAACAUUGCGACUCGAAUGGCAUUACUCGAACACAAGCUAGCAGAAUCACUCUCCCAUGAAAUUAGUACCACGAGCGACUUUGAAACAGCAGCUUACUUUAUGGAAGGUGGCGUUCAACCUUCGCUAUCGAAGAUGCGUCUCGACGGUCGUCGCCUAGCUCUCGGCAGGAGCGUCGUGACACAUCAUUCGGUCAAUUAUGAUAAGAUAGCCGAGGUUCUGGCUGCUGUGAACCUUCCUAUGCCUCCUCCACCAUUGCGCGUGUCGAUGUUUGGUACCUCAGCAGCUGGAUUUGAUCCGUUUGCCAAUCGUGGUGACGAAAUGUCAGCUUUGUUCGGCGUACACCUCGGUUGA